AUGGACGACAGCGGCGGGGUUGCCGCCAAUGUGGCCAGGGCCAUAGCCACGGCGAUGGACUGGCGUUCCCCAACGGAUGCCCAGAGAACUGCCUUAUCUUACUUGGAAUCGGUUCGUUGCUCAUUUCCUUCCUCCGUGUUCUUUUUUGGAAUCGUUUCGUGUCAUGAUUUGUCGCCAACCUGAUAUGUAGUGAGCUAUAGCCGCGACUCUCUGUCGGCUACCGUGAGAGGUAUCCUGGCGAGCCUUUAUUUUGUGAUUGUACUCGUGAUCAACUUUUAGCUUGGGAAAAGCAGGUUCGGAAUUUUUUUUUUGCGGAGUCAUGUUUACGCGUUGGACCGAGCUCACCCACUUGUCGGUUACCAGAUUAUUUUAUGGCACAAUAACGGAGUGCAGUCAGAAGUUUUCUUUUCAUUUCCAAGGGAAUACCUUUUCGCUUGGAUUGCAGGCAUCACCGGUGUAGGUUUAUGACCUCUAUGAUACUAUUUAAGACUGUUAGAGCCUAUCAGACAUUUUAUGUCCCGGGCAUAUGUCUCCUUUGAGGGGGGGGGUGGGGGGUGAUGUUUGGGUGGUCGUUUAUCCUUUUUAGGUGCAAGAAUGCACCAUUUGGGAUCUAAGAAUCGGUACACAAUUACUUUCUGGCACCUGUAAAAAGCUAGAGUGAGUUCAAGGCCAUGAUUCCAAUCCUAGAAUUUGUUUUCCUCCUGAAUAUAUGUGCGUGAAUUUUGACAAAUAACAUAUGUAAGAAUAUGUAUACAUGUAUAGAUUUAAUGAGUCAACUUUGUCGUCAAAAGGGAGGUUAGAGUGAGCUUCAGUAGUAAAUUUUUCUAGAGUUCACUUAACCUGUACAUGUCAAUGUUAUGUGGGCUCCUCAUUCAGUUCCCUUUAAAAUUGCAGAUUAAAAGUGGAGAUGUUCGUCUUUUGGGAAGCACAUCAUUUAUCUUGCUUAGAAAAGAUUGGUCAUCUGAGAUUCGGUUGCACGGACUAAAGAUGUUGCAGGUUCUUCCUCACUUGGAUGCUCUCCCUGCUUUCUCCCCUCCUUCUGUGCCAUCGUAUUUGUAAAAACAUUUAUAGAUGAAACAGCAUCGCAUAAGAUAUGAUUAUCUGGCAGAGACCUCUCUUUUCUUCAUCUUUCUUUCAGAAAGUCUCUAAGGUAUGUGUUUGUUGCCGGAGCUUCAAGCUCUAAAACAUAUGUGUUAAUGAAAACUGUUUUUCUUUUAAUUUGACCAACGCCCUGACGUCUUUUUGGCUAUUCAAUGUUGGCAUUCGUAAGAAUUUUUUUUCAACUGCACUAGAUAUCUUAAUGUUGCUACAGAUAGUGAUUAAUUUGAUCGGUUGAUUUAUUGAAUAUUCUAACCAUUUAAACGGAAUCGCCAGUGUGUUUUUUAUUAUAUUUUUUUGGCGGUUUAUUUUUUGAUAAUGUUCUGUAGAUGCAAUGGCUUUUACUGAUCUUGGAAAAGGCAUUGUGCUUUUUGAAGUUUAUUUGUCCUAUGAAUUUCUCCCUUUUUUGAAGAUGGUAUCUGCCACAGAAGCAGUUUUCCUGUAUUUCAUAUGGUUUGGUGUUUAUUGAUUUCACUCAUGGGUUUGUUGAAUUUCUGUGUUUCUUAUUCAGAUAUUUCUUUUCUUGAUCUAUUCAAUAUAUUCCGUCUUCUGGAAACUAGAAUAAAUAUAAACAUCUGAUGGCGUAGACUCAUCUCUAUCUAGAUGAAACAUCCAUGUUCUGUAUUUCCAUUGGAUCUUCAUAGAAUUGCCGUGUUAAUAUGCCAUCUUUAAUUAUUUAUAAGAAUACUUAGAUAUGCCUUCAAUUUUCCUUCUUUUUUUUUCAACUGAAUCAACUGUUUCAGUUUAACUCAGCUGAUUCAAUUGGAGGACCCAUAAAUCUAAAAGUCAAUCCUGAUUCUGUGUCUCUUGAAUUUUAUGUGACCAAUGUGAUCCCACUUGGACUAUCCUGACCGUGAUAUGGAACAGUUCUCCAAACACAAACGUAGUCAACAGAGGCAUUGCUGAUUCAAGUUCUUCUAAGACUCUUUUACCCAGUUUAGUUUAAUAGUUAUCUCUUGCACAAUUGGCAGCAACGAGUUGUCAAAUGUGCUAGAUGUGCCCUGAGGACUCAAGGUCCUCAGGAAUGCAAAGAAGUCCAGGGGAAGAGGUUAUGACAAAAAUGAUGGUAUAUAAUUUCAUGUCAAACUCUUGGUAAAGUGGAAGGAAAUGAACAAAGUGAUCUGCAGACAGCGCAAACAUAUCCACCUUACCUAGACUUCCAUUCUAGAUCUCUCUAUGAUUCCCUCCGUCUCUCUCUCUGUGCUACCAUGAAGUGAAUUCCGCCUCUUGGUCUUUGCCACCUUGUGCGUUUCACAUUAUUCCCCUACCAAUAUGGUCUUGUAGGCCACCUGUUGUCAAACAUUUGUUUCAAUUUUCAUUGUAACUCUGUUUGAUGUGAACACAAAUCUGCAUACUCUUGAAUUGUUUUGCUUGCUUAUACUUACACGAAGGAUCUAUAAAAUGAUUUACAUUAUAGCACUUAGUUCGCCUAAGGUGGGAAGAGUUAAGCUCCUCAGAAAGACGGAACUUUGCCAAUGCCGCUAUUGAUUUAUUAUCUGGGAUGACCAACCCCCACGAAGAAUGGGCUUUGAAGAGCCAAACUGCAGCCCUUAUAGCAGAGGUAUUUCUUUUGCCAUUGUGGACUUCUGAUAAGAAGAAUCUUUCUGAAUGAUAUAAUUCAUGCCAUUUUUUCUUCUAAUCUUAGAUUGUUCGGAGAGAAGGUUUGGAUCUCUGGCAAGUGCUUUUGCCUUCGUUAGUUUCUUUGUCUGACAAAGGCCCUAUGGAAGUAUAUAUCUCCAGUUUUUCUUAUUUCCUAUCUACAGUUUUCUUUUUAUGUACUGAUUUUAUAUUGAAACAAAUGUUCUUUCAAAAUUUAGGCUGAGUUAGUAUCUAUGUUGCUGAGAUGGCUUCCUGAAGAUAUUACAGUUCAUUAUGAAGAUUUGGAAGGUUCAUUUCAUUUUGAUGGCAUCCUAUACUUUUAUUCUAGCAAAACCUUUUUGCACUGUUUUGAGCAAACUUUAUACCGGACGCCCUUUACAGGUGAUCGGCGAAGAUUACUGUUACGUGGACUUUCUCAGUCCUUGCCGCAGAUCUUGCCUCUCCUAUAUAGUGUAUGUUUCCUGUUUGAUUGAAAUUCACAUGAUACCCCAUAAAUGGAAGUAGUCAUCUUUCCUGUUUGAGAGUAUGUUUCAAUGUAUAAUGCAAAAACGGAUGAAAGCAACUCCUGACUCAUUUUUAUCUUGGCCAAAUGCCAUGGGAGCAAAAUAUGAAAAAGGACAAUCUUGUAUUAUUGAAGUUACAAAGUGCACGAGAACUACUAACUGUUAUCUGCAAUGCAGUUACUUGAAAGACAUUUCACAGGAGCGUUCAAUGAAGCUAGCAUGCAACAAUUUGAUGUGGCAAAACAGCAUGCGGCUGCAGUUACUGCGGCCCUAAAUGCUGUAAACGCAUAUGCUGAAUGGUCUCCCGUAUCUGACCUUGCCAAAUAUAAGCUGAUUGAUGUGUAUGCCACUGUCUCUUAUACUACUUAACAGCUUAUUUUGACUGUGAAACACUCUCUCCAAAGAGGCUGAUCUGGCUUUUAACAGAUGCGGAUUCUUUCUUUCUUGUGUUGACUUUCGUGUUCACGCUUGUGAGUUCUUUAAACUUGUCUGCCAGAGGUAUUCGUGCGAAAGCAACUUGAGCUUUGAAUAUUUGCGAAAGUAAAGAUCCAUGAAUAUGGCUAAUCAGUUCCCAUUAUUAUUUUUUAUUUAUGUUUUCAUGUGCAGGAGACGGCCAACUGAUGACUCAACUCAUGAAUUUGAUGAUGCAAUGAGAAAUAUUUUUCACAUUUUGAUGAGUGCAUCGAGAGAUUUCUUGUGCAAAUAUAGUUCUAGUUCUGCUGGAGUUGAUAAAAGUGAAGUUCAAUUUGCCGAAUGUAUUUGUGAGAGUAUGGUGGCAUUGGGAUCAUCAUUUAUGCAAUGCAUUGCUGAGGAUGACAAUGUGAUCUCCGAGUAUGUCCAACAGGUACUAGAAAUAUUGCCUGCACUUUUUAGGAAGUAAAUAUUUAUAUUGUAAUUGGUAUGAACUUCUAGCUUUUCUUCUUUUCUCAUUUUUAUGGGGGGGAGGGAACGGGGUGUUUCAGAUCCUGGCUGAUGUAUAAUUGGUCCUGUUCUUAGUGGUAUGAACUACCAUGAUUAGACAAAUUGGUGCGUUCGAUAUUAUCAUGAUAAAUUCUUGAUUUUAUUAAGUGAUCAUAUUCCCUGAGUCUCCAAUUUUUUUUUACUUGUUGUGCACACCUGAUAGCAUGGGUAACACACCCACUAUUGGAGUUAUGUCUAGUUCUGUUACAGAAAGUCAUUUUGAGUUGUCCAUGUUCAAUCAGAACUGAACAACGAGUUUGCCACACUUUGAUUUCACCCUGAGGCAUCUGGCUUGAAUUUUAUCUAUGAGUCCAAAUGUAUGGUAGUCCAGCCUUUAUGGAUGUGAACCCUAAAAUCGUCUCCUUCUUGAUUUGGUUCGGUCACAUCCUUUGAACCAUUGCAAAACCAAAUCCAGCGUUACUGUCACUUAAGAACUCCGGAUCCGGUGCCCUUCACUGUCAUUGGAUGCGCAUGGUUUGCCCUAGGCAAUAGAGAAGCAGAGCAAGAAAAGAGGAGACGGUUCACUCUAUGUUAGUCACUGUCACGAACAAUAAACAUGAUGAAUGUCCUUUACAUGAAUUUACGCGUGCUUUGACCUGAGCCUAUGUUGUCACGUUGCCAAAUAACUUAAUGUUUAUGAUGCUUAUCUUGAGAUUGUUCAUUCUUAUUUAGUCGCAAUGUAGCACAAGUUGGUGAUAACAAAGUUAUCACCUAUGGACUUGGCUUUUGUGAAUGUCGAAGUUCCAAGGGUGUGAAACAUGCAAUGCAUGUGGUAUCAGGCAAGUGAAACUGGUUUGUUUGGUUUAUGAAUAAUCUGGUCUUUCAAAUUCCGGAAUUAGUGGCUACAACCUUUCGAUACUUUUCUGGGGUUUUUGUCGUGCUUUUUCACUGUCAAUGUUUAUCCUAGCUAGUUUGGUAUACUCGAGGAGGUUAGGGUGCUUGUGAACCCCGGGACCAUUUCUUGUGAACCAUGGACUGGUUUAGAGCGUGCUCAGCUAAGGAUCAGAAUGCUGAAAAAUCAAUAGGGAUCAUGAAGGUCAGCUAAGGACUGACCUUCAUGAUCCCUAUUGAUUUUUCAGCAUUCUGAUGCUUGACGUCGAUUUGGAUACAUCUGAGGUACCGGUUAAAGGCUCUUGAAGGGUGUUCAAGAGCCUUUAACCGUGGACCAUUUCUUGUGAACCAUGGACUGGUUUAGAGCAUGCUUUAGCUAAGGACUGACCUUCAUGAUCCCUAUUGAUUUUUCAGCAUUCUGAUCCUUGACGUCAAUUAGGAUACAUCUGAGGUACCGGUUAAAGGCUCUUAAAGGCUCUUGAAGGGUGUUCAUGAUCCCUAUUGAUUUAUUGAUAGGCUCAUUUGAGUCAGGGUUAGAUCAGUCCGUAGUCGCUUACAAGUUGGUAUGGUCCAACCCUUGUUUUGGUUUUCUGAGUCCUGAUGUGAUUCUGAAUCGUCUGACAUACCUUUUUGGCUCAUAAUCUUUAUUCCUUGAAGUGAGUUUCAUGGAUAGGAUAGAAUCCCAGAAUAGCGGCACGAAACAGGGAGGAUCCGAGAGUAGAUACUCGAAAAUAAGAAGGUAAGAAUCAGUAGUAGGGUAGAGGAGCAGGGGAUAGAGAGGGAGGGUUUCUGAAGGAAACCCCAGAAUGUGACCAAGGGGCGAGUUCAAGAGCGCCCCUGCUCUCCCAAAAAACUUCCAGACGUGGCUUACAGUUACGACCCCUACGGGUCCUUAUACCCAUCCCCUUAAUAGGCCCUUGGCCCAUCUGCCCUAGACCCUCUUGUAUCUUAGCCUUCCUUUUCCUGGUAUAGGUUGCCCGGAUAAUGGCGCUGCAAUUAGGCCCGACAAUACGGGGCCUAACAGGCUACUAGACCACAGGUUCUGGGUAUUUGAACCUGGUAACACAGUAGCAACUGUGUUACCUGGUAAUGAAGGUUACUGGACAAGACAGUCCAUUAUUGAAUAAUAAUAUGCAUCUGAGUAGUAACAUUUCUGGAUAGUUCAUUAGUGUAUUGAAUACCGGUUGAGAUUAGGUUUGACUAGUAUUUAUUUGUCCUUAAGACUGAACUUGUGAUCCAUUUGAGCUACGAUGAUUGAGGCUAUUUCGGUUCAUGCUUCCAGAGUACGAAUAAAGCGGCUGACUAUGAAAGUUUUUCUCCAUUUUUAAUUUUUUUUUGAGUCUCACAUUUUUAUAUGUUUUUCUGAUAUGAUGUAUCAUUUUCAGACAUCUAGCAAAUACCUAAAUUUCUGCAUGGGCGUUUCUCUGUGUUUCUGCAGAUGCUAGUGUACUUCCAACAUUUCAAAUUCACACUCCACUUUUGUUCACUGAACUUUUGGCUGGUAAGUUUAGCUCCUAAUUUUUGUCUUAAUGGUUUCUGGUUUCUGGUGGAAUCACAGUAGAUUCUAAGUUAUGUUUUUGUAAUAGGCGAUUAUGAAGGAUUUGUCUUCCAAGACAAAAUUGUCCACACAAGCUAUGGAGGGCACUUCUGUUGAGAAAGAAAAGAUCAGAGCGAAAGUGUUCAUAAACGAUGAUAUUUGUUCUUCUAUUUUAGAUGUUUCGUUCCAGCGUAUGCUCAAGAAAACUGUUCAAUCUGGAGCUGCAUCUGUGGAACCUUUAGAGUUAUGGAACAGUGAACUAGAUGUCAAGGUUGACUUCAGUCAGUACCGCUCUAAAUUGGUAUGCCACAGAUCUGACUUUUGCUUAUGGUGGAUUGUUUUUUCGCAUACCAGUCGUACCGAAGUAAUUGGAUAUAAGGAUUACUUUUAAGUAUAUAUGGAUGAUGUGCGAUUAAGUCACCAAUGAAAGCUUCCUGCGUACAAGUUGCAUGUAGUACAAUACAUUAGCCUGAAGCUGUCUCAACCAUGAAUAACUUUCAAUUGAAACGCUAACCCCCUUCAAGUCAAGACUGCAUGUGAUAUCAGUUGAUAAGAUUGAUAAUUUACUGGGAAUCUCAUAACCUCCGUCGUAUUUUAUCAGUUGACAGGCUCCUUAAAGAUAGUAAUAUUUAGAGGUUAUUAUGAAGAUAUAACACACCUGCCACCAUUCAUUGGGUAUUACGGUUUUCAUUUUUUUUAAUUCUUUCUUCUGUGUCCACCUUUUCUUGACUUAGAAAAUCGUUUAAAGAUGUAUAUACAUUUACUAAUACUAUGCCAGCAAUUUUUUUUAUUAAGAUUUCUGAUGUGACACUCGAGGUAGUAAAGAUACUAGGCAAUGACACUCGAGGUAGCAGUGUUCAUUUGCAAAGAUGCUAAUGAACACCUAUUUUGUCUGGUUGCCUUGGUGUCGGGUUAGAAGUCACAGGCAUGCGGGUUAGUGUGUCCUACGCUCGAAUUUCUCUUUCAUCACUUAUUUUUUUCCCAUCUCCCUCACCCUCACCAAUUCUCCAUCUUCAUUAGCAUCACCACUGGUACCCUUACGGAUAUCCAUACAAUCAGCUGGUGCAGAUAACCCUCUUUCGUUUCAUUUCCUACCUCAGCCGUAUUUGUGAGAAGAACAAGAGAGGACAUUUGGUCUGGUUUGCCUAGAAACUUGGAAGGGGAAUAAUACUCGCCCGCUCCCCUAACGUAAACUACCACCCCUGACGUAAACAGCAUGGGACCUCGGGGGGCGGGGGGGUUAGUUGUAGCCUGUUUUUUGGCUUUUCCCCUGUAUCUGAGCCGUUAUAAAGAAACUGGUUCGGCCAGUCAGAACUGCAGAGAUUUUGCUUUCUCAAGUUAUACUAUUUUUUAUGUCGGAACUUCAGGUUUGUCAAACUGCGGAAGUAAUUUCUUUUUAUAGCUUCACUGAUAUAAAAUUUCCACCAUUAUACAUACGAGCAGCUGGUCCUCCACGGGCGAAUUUAUCACACCGUUUAUCAUAUCCGGCUGCAACCGUGCAAAAGGAUUGUUUAGUUAAGGGCAUUGCAGGGAUGCCGUGACAACUGUCUGCAUCCAACCUCUGUCCAACUCAGUCAACAAAGAUUGAGUUCAUUUCCUUUAUGUUCAUCUCUUUCAUGUGAAAGCUAUGUUCUCUCCAUUUUUUUUGGCUUACACUACUUCCAACCGAUCAUAAUUUGCACAAUGUAGUUGGUAGCUCUGCAAUAAUAAAUGAGAGCAGAAAAAAAAAAAACAACGACCCAUGUACUUUCAUUUCACAAUUCACUAAAAUAACAAGAAAUGAAGAAAUAAGUUGUGUGAUAUAAAUUGUGAAACCCACCCUUGUGACUACUGGUCCCCUCUCAAUAUAUACACUUCGUAUGUGAUGAGAUGCUUGACUUUUGUGGCUUUCUAUUCCAUCACUGAAAUGUAACUUUCGUUGCAGUUGGAACUUAUCAGACUUAUUGCCCUACACAAUCCAGUGAUAGCUGCAGCAAAGACUUCCCAUAGAGUUGAGAUGACUAUCAGUGCUUAUACAAUGUCUCCGGUGCCACCUAAGGUAUGCCACAUGUAUGUUCAAAUGUCAAUCAAGGUCAUAGCUGAGAUUCAGUAAACUAGUGUAUUUUUUCUCCGGGGGUUAAUAAUAUUUAAUUUCUUUUAAUCCUGUGGAGUAGAAUUUUUUUUUAAAUGGCGACGAAGGGACAUUUUUUGAAAAGAUAGAGCUGGUCGUACCACCUAAAGAAAACAUACGGGCCUAUGACUAAGGUACAUGAUUAUACAAGAGAGAUGAAAGGAAAACAUAAACCUAAUUUCGUGUGAAUUUUCUAAAACCAAAAAUAAUCUUCUUCACGUCAAACCAUAAUUCACAACUACACGCUUCAGUUAUAAAAAGACUGCAGUUGCCAUGACUCUGCAACAGGGGCAAAGCUACUGAACACAAGGAUUCCAAAUUAAGCAUGAAAAAUGAUAUUAAAAUAUAUAGUACCCAGGAAUUAAUUUAUUGGUUUUUGACUGUCAAGCAGAACAAAUUCUCCUUUCGUGUUGAGUAAAUUGCUAUUCUCUAUGGGAACCACUAGUUGCUCUUCCCUUGCCCUCUGCAGUUUUCUCCAUUUCUCUGUAUCUAAUGAAUAGGGUUCUACUUUUGAGGUGUUUAUAAUGUUCCUUCUGUUAGAGAAUACUCUGUUUUUCUGCUCAAAGUUACUGUCAGAAUUCUUUUAUAUUGUAAAUCCCUGUGAAUCUCUUUUCUUUGCAGGACCUAAGUUUGCUGGAAAACAUGCAGCUAGGGUUGGAAACAAUAGUCGGGGCCAUUUUUGAGGAAUCGGUCUUACUUGGCAACCCUCAUGAGGUUAAAUUUGGUCUGAGGAGUAUCCUAGAAGGUUGUCCUGUGAGUUCUCUCUAGUUAACGUAAAUCAUAAUUCAAGGUCAGACUGUAAGUUGUUGAUUACUUGUAACUUGAAGGUCUACUGCAACAACUUCUCGGUUUAAAAUGGACCGAGCCAGCAUUGGCAGAAAUAUUAGGACGGUAUCUAGAUGCGUUCGGACCUUUCUUGAGAUCAUUCCCAGAAGCAGUUGGUUGCGUCAUCGAUAAACUCUUUCAACUUUUGACGUCAAUUCCCCUUGCACCUGAGGUCCCUAGAGUUUUUUUUUAUAACCUGAUUAUUUUCUUGUACCUUUGUUAUUUAUGCACUGAAGAGUUUGACUGCUGCAUUAAGCAGGAUUCUUGUGCAACCGGUGCUCGCCAUGCUAGAUUGCAAAUUUGUACAUCAUUUCUUCGGAUUGCCAGAGCUUCUGACAAAAGUAUUCUGCCUCAUAUGAAGGUGACCUUGUUGCUCCUUUUUGCAUUUCUUGUAAUAGCAUUGAUUCGUGCUGUAGCACAUGACCACCUAUCUUCUAGAAUCUCUUAGCGGUGGGCAUUUUUAACUAAAAAACUUGUCUUUAAUAUGUAGUAGUCAAAUCAACUCUUGGAUAUUGUCAAGUUGGAAUCCAUUUUCAGAAUAAAUCUUUACAGUCCCAAGCCUGCGUUAUAGUUAUGUCUGCAUUAAAUAGGCGAAUGCAGAGAAACAUAGAAUGAAAUAGAAACUAAUUCCUCGGUCAAUUAUUUUUUCAAUUGAUCAGUAAAUGUUGCUGAUCAUUCAAAGAUGCAUUACACCAUGUAGAAGAGGAACAGAAACAAGAUAAUGGAAAUUUAAGCAAUGGGUAUACUUCACACAUAAGCUUGAGAAUGGGACGAUCAUUGUAGCUUUCAGAGUAUUGAACUUUCCUUUUUAUUAUAAAUUCACUUUAUACCCUAUGACCGUACUGUGGUAAAGAAUGUGACUGGAAUAUGCGGUGUUAAGAAAUAGAUUAUUCGUUGUAUGUUCCUCUGUAGAGAUCUAUAAUAGUACGUGUCUAAAUUCUAUGGAUAAAUCUGUCACGGGGCCCCAUCUAAGCAUAACUGGUUUCGUCCUCCCAUGCUGGCCUUCACAGUCCCCUGUGAGAGUAUCACUUAGGUGAGAUGCUUGAGUAUAAUGCUUUGGAUGAUGACACUUAAUGAGCAUAUGAACAUAUCCCUCACAUAUAUACAGUGUCAAUGAGCAUAUGAACAUAUCCCUCACAUAUAUACAGUGUCGGAUGCUAAUAUCGUUUUGGUACUUAGCGGGUGUCCUUGAGUAAAUUGUUUUGACAGUGCACAACGUUCUCGGAGUGUUAUAGGCUCUCAUUUCCAAGUAUAAACGUUGCAGCAAACACAUCAUCUAAUUGUUUUCCUUCUGGUUAAUUUUUUUUCUUCAUGCAGGGCAUCGCAGAUACCAUAGCUUACCUUCAAGGAGAGGGACGUCUACUUCGUGGAGAACAUAAUACUCUUGGUGAAGCAUUUCUCGUUAUGGCUUCUUCCGCUGGGUAAUACCCAUCUGCACGCUUAGUCCUUGCAUAAUUGUUUGACUUCUCUUAUUUAUGGGCUCAUUUCUACAGGUUUCAGCAGCAACAGGACGUCUUGGCAUGGUUACUUGAACCUUUAAGCAAGCAAUGGACACAAUCAGAAUGGCAGAAUACUUAUCUAUCUGAUCCAUCAGGCAUGAAACGUCUGUGUUCUGACAAACAAAUCAUGUGGUCAAUCUUCCAUAAUGUAACUUUCUUCGAAAAGGCUCUCAGGAGGGGUGGAACGAAGAAGGCCAGUCUGAGUGUACAGAGCCCCUUGUUGGCAGCUGAGGUCUCCACCUUCCAGCAUCCCAUGUCAUCUCAUUUGCCAUGGUUGCUACCUCCCCUCUUAAGGGUAGGUAUACAUUCAGGAAAAAAUAUCAGAGAAAGGAAACUUUAACUGUAAAAGAUUUCUGACUAUAUGACAAGGGUUAUGAUUGAUUAGUUGACUGUUUGCCAGUAUUUUGAAUGUCAGAGUUUUGAGCAGUGUUGUGAGUUUCUUUUUGUUGAUCUGCAGCUUCUCCGUUCAAUACAUUCACUGUGGUCCGAACCAAUAUCUCAAUCGUUACCAAGUGAACUAAGGGCGGCAAUGACUAUCAGCCAUGCUGAACAAGCCAGUCUACUUGGUGAAUACACGGCUAAACCUUCAAAGAGUCAAUCAAAUACCUCGGAAUGUUCUCCAAUUGAGAUGAACAAGGAAGGGUGCUCUGGAUCAAAUGAAAGUAGCACUAGAAACUGGCUGAAGGGUAUCAGAGAUAGCAGGUAAUCAUCAUGCUGUACUAAAUGUCAUUCUGUCCAUCCAACGGGAUUUUCUGCUUGUUUAACUCUUUAUCAUUGUUUUCAUGAUGUUUGGAGAUCCUGGUUACUGUAGACUAAGGCACACCCUUUCCCUACUGUCAUCAGACAUUGUUCUAUCUCUCGAAAAAGCUUCCAUUAAUCAACUGGCUUUCACCCACCUGAGAGAUGAAAGGAAAUCAACAUCUGAUUCUUACCUUUAACUGACAGCGCAGAAAGAAAAAUGUCUUUUUUCAACAUCUGAUUCCUACUCUUUCGAUUUUUCUGUAGAUAUCAGGGUAAAAACCGGUGUUGAUGACCUUUUAGAAGAUACAUUAUAGUAUGCAAAAUAUUUUUUCGGUUAAUUUUUUUUGGUCAAUUAGUGUGAAAUAUUUGGUAUUUGGCUUACGUUUUUGUUGAUGCUCAUUAUGAUGGAGUAUCCUGCGUGCAGCUACAAUGUUCUGGGCCUGUCCCUGAUGACAGGGGAGAGCUUUUUUCAUUGCGUUGAGAGUUCAUCUUUUGCUCUGGCGCUUAUGGAAAAUGUGCAAGCAAUGGACUUCAGACAUAUACGCCAGCUUAUACACUUGGUACUAAUUCCCUUCGUAAAAUCCUGUCCUCCAAAUCUAUGGGAGGAGUGGAUCGAAAAGAUUCUGUAUCCUUUAUUUAUCCACUGUCAGCAAGCCCUCAAGUUUUCAUGGAAUAAUCUUCUGUCCGAGGGCAGAGCAAAGGUCCCUGACCUCUUUAGCAACCCAUCUGGACUGGAUUUGAAGGUCGAAGUGAUGGAGGAAAAGCUACUUCGCGAUUUGACGCGUGAGAUAUGUCUUCUCUUAUCUCUUUUAGCUUCGCCAGCUCGAAACAAGGGGGUACCCUCUGUUGAACAGCUUGCAAGUAUUAGCCGCGCAGACUCAUCAUCCCUCAAGGACUUGAAUGCAUUCGCCUCCAAUUCUAUGAUAGCGUAAUGUCUACAACAGCCAGCCUCUUUAUCCAUCUUCUGCCAUUUUGUGACGCCUUUCAGUGGAUUAACUGACGGUUUUAUAAUCCUUCCAGCUUCCUUUUGAGCCGUAAAGUUCUUGCUGUUCCCGUGCUACAAAUUUGUAGAGAAGCAUUUAUGUGGACGGAUGGUGACGCUGUGUCGAAAGUUGCCUCCUUUUGUGGCGUCGUGAUCCUUCUUGCCCUCUCUACAGAUAAUAUGGAACUCAGGGAAUUUGUCGCUAGAGAUUUAUUUUAUGCAAUAAUUCAAGGCUUGGGACUCGAGUCAAAUGCUGUCAUCAGCUCUGAUCUUAUUGGCCUCUGUCGUGAGAUUUUUGUUUAUUUCUCAGAUAUGGAUGCUGCUCCAAGACAGGUCUGUUCUUCUCUAGCUCCAUCUGUGAAAUAGCAUUGAUUGAUGCGAGUUUUCACACAAGGAGUUGCCUUUUUUUCAGGUUUUGCUUUCGCUUCCUUGCAUUCGCCUUGAUGAUCUACUUGCUUUUGAGGACGCCAUAUCAAAAACAAGCAGUGCAAAGGAGCAAAAGCAGCAUAUGAGGAGUUUCCUGGUGUUGGCCUCAGGAAACAAACUGAAAGCGAUCACUCAACAGAAAACAGCUAAUAUCAUAACUAAUAUAUCAGGUAACCAUAUCAAUUUUUUAUCAUUCAUCGCUAGAAUUAUGCACUCUUUAAGAACCCUAGUUUCUUGUUGCACAAAAAGACGUAGAAUUUCUCUUUGACGCUGUACCAAUAAGUCGAUGACGGAUUCAUGCGUCUCUACUGAAGAUUUGGUUGACUUGGGAUUUUUUCUCUCGUAGUUUAGUUAUCUUUCAUCCAAGUCACUUUUUAUAUUAAAUCCGUAGCCAUUGGGUAUUCUGCGCCAAGAAAUGUUUUUUUCAACAUUGAGGGAGGUCAAUUCCUACAGUUGCUUGUAUGGCCAUUCCUACUUAUAGAAACCGAUCAAGCAGUUGACCUUUUUUGUACCCCCUCUUCUACCCACCAGAAAUAAUGCCAACAUCGUCAAACACUGAUCCCGAGGUUGACUGAGAUGAUUUAAGCCAGGAUGUGGCCUUGAAAAAACCGCUCUUCUUUGUCUUCCAAAUAGUUAGCUUGCCCCUCAGGCUACUCAGUUCCACAGGCCGAAGUGGAGAAAGCAUGAUAUAAUCUCCAUCUUUUGUGGGGUGGAGGCGUCCGAUCCACAUACGCAAUGAAAGCGAGAGAUCUUCUUAAGAACCCAUAUGCAAUGAAUUAUUAUUUCUUCCCCCUUUUCUGUGUCACUGAUUCCUUGGGUCAUGAACAACAGCCGUCUUCCUCCUCAGGAUCCCCUUCUUAGGAAGCUCUUUCCAACAAUUUAGGCACUCUCUAGGGGAAAACAAAACCAUGUGGGCUGUCCGACUGUGUGCUGGUCUUCCUUCUAAAUGUAUGUAUGCUCUGUUGCCCACAGCUAGACAGCGGGGCGCCGCGCCCAACCCGGGACCAGGCGUUGAAGACGAGGCCAUCGGCUUGGCCGCCAUCACGUGA